AUGUGGGUGGGAGAAUGUAAUGGAGUUAAUGUACUUUUUAAACUUUCGAUUCCUACGAAUGAUUUUGAUUUUAUUGAAACAUUUACAAUAAAACCUGAAACUUUAUUAAAUAUUACACAUCUCUAUAUACAAAGUAAUCAUAAAUUAGCUCGACCAGAUUUAAUCGAACAAACUAAAACUGGUGCGAAACGUUUACGUAUUGAUGCUAUUCAUCCAUUGACAGAACGUGCACUACCAAUUUUUGUUAAUGAUGACGCAGAUUUUGGACCUAAAAUUCGAGCAAAAAUGACGAUGUUAAAUGUUCAAAUAGGUACACCGAUAUCGAAUGACUUCGAUGAAUCAUUUGCAAAUAAACAUAAUAUUUCCACACUUAUCGAUUCUUCAUUACAUUGGUAUCGAUUAGAUUUAGAAACCAUACUUGCAGAACUUCGUUCACGUGAACUUGGAGGUUAUCGAACAUCUGGUAAACUGAGUGAUUGGUGUAUUUCACGUCAACGUUAUUGGGGUACACCAAUUCCAAUAAUUCAUUGUAAUCAUUGUGGUGCUGUUCCAGUACCAAUGAAUGAAUUGCCCAUACGAUUGCCUUCUCUUGAAAAUAUAAAAUCUUCAUCAAAAACAGGUAUUUCACCAUUAGCUAAUGCUCAUGAUUGGAUAAAAGCUCAAUGUCCAAAAUGCGGAAAUUUAAAUGCUAAACGUGAAACAGAUACAAUGGAUACAUUUGUUGAUUCAUCGUGGUAUUUUUUACGCUAUUUGGAUAAUGAUAAUACUACAAAACCAUUCGAACCAAACAUAGCUAAUAAAUUAAUGCCAGUUGAUCUCUAUAUCGGCGGACUAGAACAUGCUUUAACACAUCUAUUUGUCUCUCGAUUUAUUCAACAUUUUAUGCAUUCGAAAGGCUUGUGUACUUCUAUUGAACCGUUUAAACGAUUCAUUCCAAUCGGCAUGGUUCAAGGUAAAACUUAUAAAACAUUAACGGGUCAAUAUGUUGCAAAAGAUAAUGUUACGACUGUGGAUAAAAAUACAGUCAUACAUUCUUUAACAAAAGAAGUCUUACAAAUGGAUUGGGAGAAAAUGAGUAAAUCGAAAUAUAAUGGAAUUGAUCCACAAGAAGUAAUUGAUCAAUAUGGAGUCGAUUUUACCAGAAUACUUAUGCUUACAUUCGUUCAUCCAAGAUCACUACGCAAUUUUAAUUUGGAAGAUGGUAUUGCUGAAGGUUUACAAAAUUGGUUUAAAAUUUUAAUUAAUCUUUAUGUUGAAUUAAUUGAACCAUCAACCAAAUCGCGAUCAAAAUCAGCAAUGACUAAUGAAGAAUUCAAACAAAUCGAAGCAACAAUACGUGAUCAACGAUUGAAUACUAUUUAUACUGUUGCAUUUUAUGUCGAUAGUUUUUUCAAUGUAGCAUCAGCUAUUAUUGAAUUACAAAAACUAACACGAUAUCUUCGAAAAAUUCCAGCCAAUGUCAAAGAACAAUCGAAUGAAUAUUUAACCGCACUUUGUGAUUUAUUAGUUAUAAUUGGACCCGUUAUUCCAUGUCUAUCGUCAGAACUUUGGACGAUUCUAAGAAAACAAAUCAAACAUAAUGUUGAUGGUUAUGAUCUGAACAAAAAUUUAUUCGAACAAAACUAUCCAAAAUUACCUGAUGAUUAUCCAGGAAAAAUCAAUGCAUUGUAUGAUACAACAAUUUUUGCUUCGAUGCCAGUAUCUCGAUCGGUUCUUCCAUCUUUAUCCGCAUCUGAUGUUCUUAAAUGUUUAAAUGAGAAUGAUAAUCAAUCUCAAAUGAAAGCAUUUAUUGAAAAUAAUGGUCUCAAACUUGAUCGUUUACGUAAAUUAGGUGAUUACUGUGCAACACUUAUUUAUGAACGUGAUCCAGAUGUGCCCAUUAUUGAACAGCCAGAGGCUAUCGUUGAAAAGAAGAGAGGCAAACCAUCAAAAAAGAAACAGGCUUCUUAA